AUGGCUCACCUCCAAGCCCGCCAGCACAUCUCCCCAGACUCCGGGUUCCCUGUAACUUUGCACCCCCUCUUCAACCCCGGAAUCUCCUCGCAUGUUCCUCCUGAACCAAUCCGAGACGAGAUUACACCGCCCCCGGACCGCGCCUCUUUCGCAGAUCCAGAGAAACGUGCUUUGUUCUCUCCUGGUGUCAAGCGGAUCAAUCUCACUGAGAGUAUCGGCACGGUCCUGGAGGGAGUCCAGAUUAGCCAGCUUAGUGCGUCGGGGCUGAAGUUCGUCAACAUCCACGGAAGCCGCGAAGACCACCGCGAGAUACUGAAGUACACACCAUGGCCAAGCGGGGACUUUCACGCUGAUACCUCUUUCGAAAUCAACCGUGCGCUCCCCGCGACCUACGCUCCAAAAUACCUGAGAUUCGCUGACACGAAAGGAACAGCCCCAUCCUACUCCCUCCUUCGAAUGGAAGAGCACCCCGAGGUUGGUGGUGACACGGCCUGGGCAAGGAAGGUCUCGCAAUACGGCCUCUACGACGCUCUCAGUGACGCAUACAAGAAGUUCCUUGAUGGUUUGCAUGCUGUACAUACCUCCCGACUGCAGUACGACACAAUUCUUGACCUCUGGGGCACAGGCCCGAACCGGCCGCCUAUCGACACCCACCACCCAGCUGUCCGGACCCACCCAGUAACGGGUCUGAAGGCACUGAAUGUAAACCCAGGCUUUGUGACGGGGUUUGCUGAGUUAAAGAAGGCUGAGUCUGACAAAGUUCUCGACUUUCUAGCGUACCAUAUCCACUCUGCCGACGACCACUACGUGCGCUGGAAGUGGGCGGUUGGGAGUGUGGCGAUGUGGGAUAAUCGAUGCACCUUGCACCGAGUCAUCCCAGGCACAUAUGAGGGCAAGAGGAGGGGGAUCCGAACUACGGUGUUCGGGGAGAAGCCGUACUUUGACCCUGCUAGUGAGAGCCGUAACGAGAGGAACGCGAGGGAGAAGCGGGAGAAAGAGGAGAAAGAGAGAGAAAAAGAUAAAGGAGAUGGCGUUCUACCGGUAGAGACUCCUGUGUAA